UCCCGCAGCCCCUCAGCUCUGACCGCGCUCGCUCUUUGCCAGAUCCGGGCCAGGACCAGACACAAGAGCAGGACCGCGCCCGUGGCCGCUUCCGCCGGGCAGCACAGGCCUUUCUGAAAUUUGUGGGCAUUCGGCGUCGAAAGACCAGGAUCACACCAACCGAGGUCAUGGCGCAGCCUGACCCCACGCCGACUGAGCUCACGGCCGAGGCUGAUGGCGCAGCGACCCAGGGCAUGGCAGGCACUGACAUCCCAGCCGCUCAGCGCCUGCCCACUGCUCCUAGUCUGGACAUUCCCGGGGAGAGAGUUGUCUCUGUGGAAGAAGCCGUGAAGCCAGACAGAGACAUGGAGCAGAGCCCCCCCAGGGUGCCCAAGCUGGCCUGGCUGAAGGAGGGGGAGGAGGAAGGCCCUGGAGCUGCCCCAUCCCAGCAGCCUGAGGAGGCAGAGCAGUGCCAGCCCCUGCAGGAGGAUCCAGGUCGGGCCCGGACACAAGAGCAGGACCGCGCCCGUGGCCGCUUCCGCAGGACAGCAGAGAUGGUUUGCCAAUUCACCCGCUGCAUUUGGAGGGAAGAGACCAUUGCCAUGGGCGCUGGGGGCAUGGCAAACUCUGACCUCUGCAAUGCCCACACCAGUGCUGCCCUGCUGGAUUUGCUUGUGGAGAACGGUGUCUCCAAUGCCAAGAAAGUGCCGGCCUUGGUCAGGUACAUCCACGGGUGGCUGACGGCCAAUGCGUCUGCGGAGCGCAGACUAGACAAGACUGUGCUGGCUCUGGUCGAGGCACACCCCGUGGAUGUGGUGGUGACUCUGCUGCGCUCUGCCCCAUCCUGUGACAGAGCUGCUGUGACCAUGUGGAGGACAAUCAUCUCCUCAAGAAGUACUGCAGAGUCGGUGCUGCAGAUCCUUGCCCUUGUCCUGGGAAGCUGGCCAGCCUGCAGCAUGUGCACCUCGGAUGGGGAUGAAACGGAAGUCUUUGCCCUGGCUGCAACCUUGGCACUCUGGAAGAUCCUCCAUCUGCUCUGCUGCACGCGUGCAGUGAGGGGGUGUUUCCCCAACCUCUUUGUGCAUCUGCUCUUCCAAGUGUUCCUCAGCACAGUGCAGAUGCCGGAGGAGGUUGACACCUUCUGGAGGGAGUGCCGGAAGCAACGCAGCCUUCCCACCCAGCCCAACAGGUUUGCAGCGCUGACCCUCAAAGCCCUGCUGCGCCGUCUGCGCUGCGAGAGCGUGUUGGUGGCCAUGGAACGCAAGUGUGGCUGGGACACGCUGCUCAACGCUGACACCCACCACUACGCGGUGGGUCUGCUGGCCAGCAUCGUAUGCUGCCUCCUGGAGCUGCUCAGCGAAGAGAUGUGUCCCUGGGAGCUCCCUGCCAUGGCGUUCCUUGUGGAGGCCCUGGCCUACCUGGAGGUGACCGACUGCGGCGAAAGCAUCCUGCCCAUCCUUUCAAGGCACCUGUGGAGCGAGUGCCCAGAGAUGCGUCGCCAAGUGCUGAGAGGCCUGGUGGUGCUCAGCCAGGAUGCCGUGACGGCCAAAAGAAUGCGCAGCCUGACCCAAAGCCUCGUGCAGCUCCUGUGGGAUGCAGAUGGAGAGCUGGUCAGGAUGAGCGUCACUGUACUCGGCUUUCUGCUCUCGGACAAAGACAUCCGACUCUCCAGCCCCACCGCCCUGCAGUUGGCUGAGGCGCUGCAGCCGCUCUUCGACGACGCUGACAGCAGUGUGCAGCUGUCCUCCGUCCUCCUCUUCCGGGGGCUGAUGAUGAUGAUAGAGAAAGAGGGAAAAAAGCCCCUGAAGCCACAUGUCCGCCAGAGCCUGCUUCCACUCUUCUUCCACUGCCAUGAUGAGAACCAGAGAGUGGCAGAGGCCUCUGGGGAAGCGCUGCUUUGCGUGGCCGGCUUCCUGAAGAGGAGGGAUCUCAAGAAGAUCCUGAAGCAGAAGGAGCUGUGGAGGUUCAGCGAGUGCCUGCUGGAGAAGGAGCGGAGCCGAGUGGCCGAGUACCUGCGCCAGGCCCUUCCAUACCUGGAGAGCCCACAGGAGCCCCUGCGAGAGGCGGCCGUCAGGUUCGCAGGGAUGGCCGGGAGGUACCUGCGGGGACAGCCUGAAGAGCUGCAGGACAUCAUGGACACCCUUCAGGGGAUGAGGAACGACACCAGCCCCACCGUCUCGAGGCUGGCGCUUCAGAGCUGCUGUGUCAUCGAAGCUGCCCAGAGAGCUCCAUCCUCCAGACGGCCGCAGCUGCGAGACUGGCUCUGCAGGGCCUGCAAGACCUGGCCUGCUCUGCGGGGCAGUUUCUGCCUGUGCUGCCAGAGCUCUGUGGAGGGUUGAUGGGGGAAGCUGUGUCUGCUGGGGCCCCGUGAGCCUGCGAGGAAGACCCCUGCUCUGCAAGCACUUUCCUCUACCCCAACAUGGGAAUAUAAAAUUCCUCUGGUCACA